GUCCGUGUAACUGAGAUGACAUAAGUAAUACAGAAUUAACAUUAAUUAAGUUAAAUCUGAAUAAUAUUAUUCAUUUUGUUAAAUAAUUGUUAUAUUUUUUUAAUUAUAACGUAGUAAACAAUACUCGCAUGGGUCGACAGGCCUCUAAAAUCAAUAAUGCCCGCGCAUCGCCAGUGUCAGUCGCUUUAACGAUAAAUGUAGACGGAACAUUACAACAAAUAUAUAAAGUUUAAUAACAAAUAAUAAUUAAAAUAAAUUAUACGUUAUUAUAAGAAAUAAUUUUAAUGACAGAUCUCGCACCAGCGCCGAAUAUGACUCAAAAUAAAUGAUCGAAACUACGUGAACGUAUUAAAGAACGUUUGAAAUUAAUAAUAAUAUUAAGAAUACGAAUAGAAAAUACUACAUUUUAAUAUGUAAUUAAAAUAAUUUAAUAUUUAUUCCGAAUCAAAGUUUUAAUAUAGACGCAUCAAACGUAACGUGACAUCUAUAUUUGAAUCAACACCAUGACCAACUAUGAACUAAUGCCUUCCCGCCAUACAGAUAAUAAUAAUUAUAAAUAGUGAUGGCCAAUUCAACAAUUUUAUCGAAAUAUUUUGUGACUUUUUAAUUAGUUUGUCUUAAAAAAUAUAUAUUAAUAUCCAUAUCAAAAUUUUUAAAUAUAUUUAGAUAUUACUCAAAAAAAGAUUACUCAAUACAACACACAUAAUUACGCAAAGAAUAAAUUAGAAAAAUGAAACGUAAUAUAAAAUCGUUGGUGAAUUAUUGAUAAUAAAAUAUAAAAUUUAAGUAAAGCCGUGGAUACAUAAAAAAAUAGUAUACAUAAAAUUAUAAAUGCAUGCAAGGUGAAAUAAAUGAAUUUAUAACAAGUUUCCAUAUGUAACAAAUACGUAUCCGUGAGAUCGCUAAUUGUGUAGAACUAAAGUUACAGGCUGAGUAGGAUGUAUUAGAUAGUCGAGGAUGGACCAGCGGCCGUGAGGACGACCAGAGACACCAGACGGAGACUGACGGAGAACAGACGAAAAUGCGUUGGAUAUUUCCCGUUCCAGUUCUCCUCAUGUCCUGGUUCGGAGUGGAGCAAGUAAAAGCCAACUCGUGCAUACGAACUGCGUUGUGGACACUAAGUCUCAGUCCUCUUGUACACUCGGAAUGCCAAACUCGGACUAUAUACUGUUACGAGUGUGACAGCUGGACGGACAGCCGCUGUAAGGACCCCUUCAACUACACCGCGCUCCCCAGAGACCAGCCUCCGCUACAGACCUGUAACGGAUGCUGCGUCAAGAUGGUGCGAUACUCCAAGAGCCCAUACGAGGUCGUCCGCCGCACCUGCACCUCCCAGCUGCAGAUCAACCUGUUCAUGGUGGAUCAUGUUUGCAUGAUGGAAAGUACAGGCACUGGUCACAUGUGUUUCUGUGAGGAGGAUAUGUGCAACGCCGCCUCUCGGGUCGACGUCACACUGGCGCUAGCACUGGUCUUGUUAGCAUGUGCAUGUUGCAGGUGAAGUAGGACGCUAGAACUAGUGGCGGCCGUCGAUCGAUACUAACAUGCGUGCGAGUGGCUCCCGAGGACCGGCCGGAGACGGUUCGGUUUGUGUUUUGAUGCGCGCAUGAACAGCUGGAUGGCAUGAGUCGAAAUAUAUCGAUCGAGGCGCGACGCGGCGCAGAACUAGUUUAAUUCUUCUUCGUCCAAUCGUAGCGUAGUCAUAGUUUGGAAGGUGCUUAGUUUUCACGCAGUCUAAGAUUCGCUCAGCUCACAGUCAGCUCACCGUCGGCUCUCCUCUCCUCUUCUCUUUCUUUCAGCAGCUGGUUCUCUGAACCCAAACUCCGACGUAUCGUUCUAAGCCGUUACUCUAUCGAGCCAGAUGUCAGCGGCUAGUCCUCGAUACCGGUAAUGCUCGCUCCGGUUAGCAUGACCGCUUCCGGUCCAAUCUCCGACCAAAGAUUGCUCAUAGAUGCACUCUCUAGACGUGUAGCACUGACCUCGACUAGCGAGUCCCGCCUCGGCACACAGGAUCGCCGAGGCUGCUCUGGACCUUAAGGAGUUACAAAAUAUAUAUCAUUAUGAUCUUCUAACUUAUAUAUAUUGUGUCGAGUUUUAUUGAGUAAGAAUACGACCCCACAUCUCAAACCGAGUCAAACAAUAGUACGUUGCUACUUGUCUUCCUCCAUCGCGGGUCGAUCGCCGAUCUUGUCCUACGCCAACCGACAUCCUUACUGGUUACCUUAUUAUUACGAACAAUGUUGCAGAAACGAGUGAGAAUAUAUUAUAUAUAAUAUUUUUCCGCGUCUUGUACCUCAGAGAGUACAAAAUAUAAUAUUUAUACAAUUAUUAGUAUAAUAAUAGAUCGAUACUAGGUUGAGUUCCAACGAUUCCUGGAGGCAAUGAUAUAGUACAUAAAGACAGACGUAUUCUGUGAAAUAGUUUUGAUAGUUAUAAAAUGCUAGAUCUAGGAAGCGAUAUGAGAUAUAUAUAUAGAGUUCAAAUAUUGAAUUAGGUAAAUAAACACCAAAUAAAUUUAAUCAUUAUUAAUAAAAAUAUCAGUUUUUAUAUAUAGAUAGAGUAAAUUAAUGUACUUUUCCUCUUACGGUGACUAUUAUAAUUUUAUUCAAUGCUAAAUUUACCGAUUCGUAUCUAUCGAUACAUCUUUAUCGACCUCUCGACGCCUUGCCUUGUGAAGUCAGCCGCUCGCCAGUUUGAAAUCUUCUCAUGUUAUUUGUAUUGGGCGUAGAAUGAUUGCUGAAACCCACUCGCCGAUACAAUGUCACCAGUCACACUAAACACAUUCGCAAUCAUUCUACGGUCCUAUGGUUAUGUACAUAGACAAUAUAUUACAAAACUAUAUCUUCCCGAGCAAGUUAGCUUAGUUAUAGCUAGGACUGUAUCUAUAUAGACAUUAUUUGUAAUCAUCGCAUGUUUCAUUUUGCGAGGACUGUUAUGAAAACGAUUCCAGCAUGAACUGCACCGUAGUUGGGCUUCAAACGUCAAAGUCACAACCUAACUGACAUUUGACACUUCCUAAGAUGCACAGAUAACGACAUAACAUUAUAUAAAGACUAUACACACGGUAUGUUCAACGGGUGUGAACUCAUUGCUCAUGGUUUUAAUUAGUUUUAACAUUAUUAUUAUUAAUAAUUGUAAUUUAAUAUGUGAAUUCAUUCUGUAAUGUUAAGUUUUUUUCGCUUCUAAUCUAAGAACGCUAUGUAUGGAGGGAAUUUAUUUGUAAAAUCAAAUUCCUUCUUAAUGAUACUGUUCACUCUUCGCAUAUCACGCAUAGAAGGAUAUAGCUCUUUUAAAUUUUUAAAAUCUAUUAGUAGGCUAUAGUAAGAGGCAUGUCUCCGCGCGGCCGGGGCUCGUGCGGGGACGUUUUAUAAGUAUGGUAUUCUUGUAAGAGCAUGGAAUAUUGCAGUUUGUAUUGUUAAAUAUUUAAUGUAAAGUAUUCUGCACUAACACAGCUAGACGCUUCUAACCAGUACGUAGAUAAUAAACUUUCUGGAACUACGAAAUAUAUUCACCUAAGUAUUUAUUUCAUUGAAAGAAAUAAACGAAACUUAUAUACGAUACUAAUCACUAAUUGUUUUCAUUUUAAUCGUGAAUAUUUUCGUAAAUUCAGCAAACACGCAAAACACAGUGUGACCUGUCUGUGUAUGUUUCCUCAUGUUACAUCGGUCUUUUGUAAUGAUAAAUGACAUAUACAUGACGCAUGUGUUGUAUAUAUGUCAUUUAUUAUAUAUAUCAGAAUUGUUUGUGAUUAAUUUGUUGAAUUAAUUUAUAAUAUCGUUAUAUUAAUACUGGAUUCAUAUGAUUUACAUUUGUUUUAGAAUAAAAAUGAUAUAUUAAAUUGUAAAAGUCGUAAAGAAACUUAGUCACACUUAAUGUUCUAUAGAAGUCUUGAAUAUGAAGUCAAAAUAUGUCCAACGACCGUUUGUCGCGACUUUGAACUCUUGAUCUUUGAUGGUUGUCGGUGCAGUGAGUCGGAAGGAUGUUAUAUAUUCAUUAUCUCUAACGGUACGGACUCUCGUGUAAAAGCAUAUUAAAAAGCUAUUGCUGACAAUAAAAACUGUGCAGUAUUAUUUUUAUAUCACUACAGCUUCAGCCAUACACCGUCGCUUUAGCAAAUACAUAUCCGAAAGUAAUUAAUAAGAAACAGAUGUUUAAUCUAUAUACAAAGUGGAUUUACUGUUUAUAGUCUGUAGAUAAAUCGUGUCGGAGCCGAUUAUUUACGACGCCAUCUAUGGAAGUAAACUCGGAACUCGCUCUUUAUAAUUUGCUAAGGUGACGUCUAACGACAAAAAGUUUAUUUAUAUUAUUAAAGUGCCAUAUUUAUAGAUAUUGUUACAAA